UCUUCCCCCUCCCCCUGAAAAGUUGCUGUGCUGUCCCUGGUUUCAGGCAUUAAUAGCAUCUAUAGACAUCACGACAAUACAGUUUGGAUGUUACAUUUGACUUGGUCGGAACAACUCCAGCACUCUACGUACUAACUCUGAUUGCAACCAACAAUGAAGAAGUUCGUGGUGGGGUUAUUGUUGAUGGUCAUUAUAGUGGACGUGUUUUGUCCAUCUGAAGCUUGGUGGUGGAGGAGGAGACGCCGUAGACCCCCGCCUUGUGGCACAAAAGUUAAACAGUACGGAUGGGAAAAUGAUUUCGACGGACAUUUGAAAUUCAAAUGUCCUGCAGGAAAAGCAAUAAGGUACGUUCGAUCGAUGUACAGUCCCUGUGCCCGUGACCGCGCAUUCAUAUUCGGUUGUUCAUCUAACCGGUUCACAAAGAAAAUGAGGAGGUGCAAUUGGUCCAAACACUGGAACAAUGACUGGGACAACGCCUUUUUCUUCACGUGCCCAAACCAUGGUGUUAUGGCUGGGAUUGAAAGUAUCCAUGCCAAUAAUGCUGAAGACAGGAGAUACAAGUUCUAUUGUUGCCACAGCUACUGGCACCGUGCCCGUUUGUGUAAAACCAGUGGCUACGUGAACAAUUGGAGGUCUGACUUCAAAUUCCGGGUCAAGCGGAAGAAUUGGUUUAUCGUUGGGGCAUACAGUUUUCACAAAAACAGUAAAGAGGACCGUCGUUUUAAGUUCCAAUACUGCAAAGUUUACUAGCAGCCAGUGAACCUCACUGACAGACACUGACAUAUGAAAGAAACCCAGCAAAGGCAAAAUCUUAAUUCUAAUGUUACAUCAAAGGCAAUGAUAUUACUAUAAAAUAAUCAUGAUGUAAAUUAACGUAAGGGGGUAAAAAUCAUGAAUAAUAAAGGUAAACAAGCAACGAGAAA